CGACAUUGAAGAAAAGAGAGAAGAAUAUACGCCAUUGCCAUUAAACGAGUCGGACCCGUUCCUACUUCUCUUUACAUGAAUAAAACCAAAGCAUAGAUCAUCAAUCAUGAGCAAUUUGCAAAAAGCCCCUUUUGUCAAGGAGCUCGCCUCCAGCGACAGGCGCACGCGCGACAAGGCAACCGAAUCCCUGACCCUCUUUCUCCGCUCCAAAACCGACCUCACCCUCCUCGACCUCCUCAAGCUCUGGAAAGGCCUCUUCUUCUGCUUCUACCACUCCGACCGCCCCCUCACACAACAAGCCCUAGCUCGCAACCUCUCCUACACGCUCGUCCCGACUCUCCCGCGGGAAACACUUCACCGCUUCCUGCGCGCAUUCUGGAUCACCAUCGGCAGGGACUUCCACUCGCUGGACCGCUUGCGGCUCGAUAAAUAUCUCUACCUGAUCCGCUGCUACGUCGGCGUGGCAUUCGAGAUCUUCCUCAAGGGGAACAAGCAGGAACAACAGCGGUCCGCCCACACCAACGGCGCCAGCAAAAAGCGCAAGCGCGAAGAACAAGCCGCAGCGGGGAAGAAGAAGCGCUCGAAAGCAGACAAGGAGGACGAAGCCCGCGAGGAAGUGGAUGCGGAGAAGGGACAGGAUGGCGAGGGUGACUGGGCCGAGCUCGAGUCGUAUAUCACUAUCAUCGAGGAAGGGCCUCUGUGUCCGCUCAAUUUCGACCCGGACCAGCCUCCCGCCGAUGACAAGAACCCAAACUAUGUGCCUAUGCCCCAUGGACCGGAUGGGCUUCGCUACCACCUGCUGGAUAUCUGGAUUGAUGAGAUAGAAAAGGUGCUCGAAUUCGAGGAGGGGGAUGGACAAGAUGAGUCUUCGCGGAAAGUCAAGGGUCAGGUUCCCAUGGAUCUCCUACUACGUCCCAUUGAGAAGCUGCGCAAGGAGAGUCCCUUCAAGUCUGUGAGAACAAGAGCGGCAGAAACCUUAAACGACGACCGUUUGGUUCAGUGGGGAUUCAAGACUAGGGAAGUCGAGGAGGAGGAUGACGACGAUAGUGAGCAAGAAUGGGGUGGUUUCGCCGACGACUGAGCUCUCGGCCCGUGAAGACAAAAUUCAUCUAUUUCGCAUUUCUCUCUGGCGCAUGGUAGUGAUGGCUUUGCAUGUCCAUUUGACCUUGCUUGGAGCAAGGCGUCUAGCCGACUCUUAUUAUCUAUAUCAAUCUUUGUACAGUCAAAAUCCAUCAGUUCCUGGUCUGAUC